AACAGAACGGUCACAGUCCAACAAGUGAUACCUAGCAAGUAUAUUCACAAAGCGAAGCUUGAAGACUACUUGUCCACGACGAAUGAUCCCGGCUCGGUCAAAGUGACCAGGGUCCUCGACAAAUAUCAGAUUCAAUACACGAGUUCUAAAGUUCGACAACUCAGUUGGGUGAGAUUGGUCGAAUCC